AUGCUACAGGAAACGCACUUUCGAUCCGGCGCAACGCCUACACUUCAAAAUAAAUCAUAUCCGACAAACCAUUUCUGCAACCACCCCACGGCAAGGAAGGCAGGGGUAGCGAUACUGCUCUCCACGGAAUUGGAAUUCCAGGUACUGGACACCGUUACCGACACACAAGGCAGAUACCUCUUUCUGAAGGGGACAAUAGCGGGCAAACUAUACACCUUUGCCAACAUUUAUGUCACCAACAAACGACAAGCAAUGUUCCUGAAAAGCACCCUGGCGAAACUGAAUGACUUCUCGGAGGGCAUCCUGGUCCUCGGGGUCGACUUCAAUGUCCCACUGGACCCCAUUCUGGACUCCUCCACGGGGCACAGCAGCAUUUCACAACUACAUUUAUGA